AUGGUCUCAAGUUUUCUAUUUCGAACGCCCGUCUGGCUGCAAUCGACGACGACGCUCUCCACUUUAUUCGGUCGUUUCACCAGAUCGAUGCGCUUUGAUGAUUUUGAUUUCCAACGACCGUCGUUUAGCUGUUUGAGGGUCUCCGAUCAGUUUAGAAAUGGGAGCUUGGAUGCCAUUUCCGACUUUUGCGCUGCUUGUCACAGGCACCAUAAGAACAAGUUCAAGAAACGCAAGCAACUUCAGGCGGUGGAGAUAAAAGUGAAGAUGGACUGUAAAGGGUGCGAGAGAAGAGUGAAGAAGUCAGUGGAAGGAAUGAAGGGGGUGACGGAAGUAGAGGUGGACCCCAAGCAAAGCAAGCUCACUGUGACUGGGUACGUGGACCCCAACAAAGUAUUAGAGCGCGUGAGGCAUCGAACCGGAAAGAAGGCUGAGUUUUGGCCAUACGUCGCCUACGACGUCGUUCCUUGUCCCUACGCACCUGAGGCAUAUGAUAAGAAGGCUCCGCCAGGAUACGUGCGAAACGUCUUCCAGGAUCCAGAAGCUUCCGCUCUCGCACGUGCCAGCUCAUUUGAUGUCAAAUACACCACGGCCCUUAGCGACGAGAACCCCAAUUCUUGCUCGAUCAUGUAA